AUGGUUCAGGUCUCCCGCGAAAACCCCAACUUAUCGCCUCUUCAGGCGUACAACGCCGCCCAACGGCUCUGGAGGAUACACCGGUUGAACAGCGAGGCACAGGCGAGGCAUGAGGAAAAGGGCGGGGAGGAGGGCGAGAAGGAGGGCGAGGAAGAGAGUGAGGAGAGCGGUGAGGAGGACGAGAAGAAGGAGAGUGAGGAGGGCGAGGAGGAGGGCGAGGAAGAGGGCGAGGAGGAGGGCGGGGAAGAGGGCGAGGAGGAGGGCAGGGAAGAGGGCGAGGAGGAGGGCGACAAAGAGGGCGAGGAGAAUGUAGAAAGGCGUGACGACGAACAAGGUGCAUCAAGUGACGACGAUGUUCAGGAGGUGCAGCUGGUGCGAGUAGCGGGUGAUGGAGAUGUGAGGGCGCUAGGAAAUGUGGAGAAGGGAGUUGGUCAUCGCGACUCAAACGAAAUAAGCGUGCACAGUAAGAGAUUACAACAACGACUACUGCAAUGGCUGGAGCACAGCAAUGGAAGUGAGAGUAGUGCCGAACAGGGGUCAUGCUAA